AGUAAAGAAACUGCUCAUGAAUGCUUCUUUGCGUUUAAUAUUAUUCAUGGCCAUCACCGACUGCGUCCACGCUGUAGCAAACCCUCAAGUGUUUAACUUUUUUAUAGCACUUCCAUAUACGAUCUACUUGACGUCACAGUGGGCGCCUGCUCAGCUGGACUUAGAUCCUUAUUAUGUGAUGAUCUCUACCACACCGUUUGUGGUACAACUUAAAGUCAACCUCACGCUGACUAUCGCGAUAGCGGUGGAAAGAAACCUUAUGAGUACCUUUUGGGGCAAGUGCAUCUCCUCCUUUGUCUACUCUCUUCAACAAUUCCCAUUCUGCCAUUUUAAAGGAAGACACAUUUGCACCUUGUCGCGCCUGUUAAAUAGAAAAAGAAGUUCUCAAAGCUCAUCCAAACUGAAUCUAUUCAGAAACAAUUUUCUGAUUCAGGCCUUAUUCACUCCAAUGCUUUAUUACAAGAUGUCUGCCGCCAAGUAUGCUGUGUGCUCAGUAUUGCUUGGAGUAAGCAUUGGCACUUGCGAUCUCAUCUUACUUUUUUUUCUCUCACCUGUUAGAAGAAAUCCUGGCUGCUCUGCAUUUGGCUGCUUCAUUAGCUAUGCUUUCCGCCGCUAUUGGGGAAUGAGCAACAUGGUAAUAAAAAGGACAUCAUUUUCAAUCAGAAGAGAAGAUACUUUAGACUUAGAUCAUGAGUUUCAUGGUAAUUUUCUUGACUUUGACGAUUAUUGUGAAACUGCGUUUUAUCAAAAAACAGCCGCAAUCAAGAAUGUUUUUGAACAAGAAAAUCAGCAGAUUCAAACAGGUAAGACAAAACAAUCCCUUUUUUAUACGAACUUCGUACCAUUCAUUAGGGAAAUCAUCCUGGGCGUCUCUUUAUUCUUUGUCACAAUACCAAGUGCAAUUGUUGGCCUUGUUGAUAUGUUCGACAUCCCAAUAUUCCAAAUUGUCGGGCCUUUCUACAUAAUUGGGCGUUUAUGUGCAGGUUCUAGCAACAGCAUAGCAUAUCUCCUGCUAAACCGCGAAAUGCGAGAACUGGUCAAGAACUUGAGACGCGACGGUUCCUUCAAAAGGACGGCAACAGCCAUGUCAACAUCAAAAAAUCAUUCAAAUAGUUGAUC